CUUCCGGAGCGGGUGGGGUUGGUAUAUAAGGCGCGGAGGUCGAGGUCAAGAUUUGGUUCUGGGCGUUAGCAUCGUCCGUGCGCGGCGCCCCGCUGGUCCUCCAGGAGAGCUGCCCUCCGGUGAAGGCGCUGAUUUGGCAUUCAACACUGAAGUCAUCAUGAGCUUUUUCAAACUCCUGAUGAAAAAGAAGGAACUUAUUCCUCUGGUGCUUUUCAUGACCGUGGCAGCGGCUGGAGCUUCGUCUUUUGCUCUAUAUUCCCUUCGAAAAACCGAUGUGAUCAUUGAUCGAAAAAGAAAUCCAGAACCUUGGGAAACUGUGGAUCCUACUGUACCUGGAAAGCUUAUAACAAUCAACCAGGAAUGGAAGCCUAUUGAAGAGUUACAGAAGGUCCGAAGGGCAACCAGGUGACUGACCAGUCCUCGCCUUUUUCUUCCAGAGAGUACUCUAUGAAUCUAGUGGAAACACUUCUGCACAAACUAGAUUAUGGAUACCAGUGUGCGGAAAUGCUUCUGCUACAUUUUUAGGGCUUGCCUACAUUUUUGGACUCUGGAUAAAGAAUUAUAAAGGUAGUGCAACAGUAAGCAUGUAGUCCCCAAAUAUCAUUCUGUGUUUAGUUCCUUGUUGUAAAUUUGUUUUGUGUUUAUGAUGCCUGAAUGUUUUCCUUAAAAUGUAUAAAGAGUUGUUAAAUUUGAUUGUCUACAAUAAAAUACCAUCUGUGCA